AAUGGGGGAGUCACUGCUGGGUGUUGGGUGUCAGGGUGUACGUCGCCUGCUCAUGGUGAGACGGGCACGGGUUAAACUCUGUGCUGUCCUCUUGCUGGUGUAGUUCAGCCUUUUCGCCCCACGCUGCCCGGCCUCGGUCUGUCGUGCGCAGCCCAUCCCUGCCUGGUCCCUUCCUGUCUUGUGCUCCCUGCUCUUGAUGAUUGCGGUACCUUGGGAUAUCUUUUAAAUAAAACCCAUAAUUGAAGAGUGAUCAUGUCUCGAGCACAGCAACCACCACUAGUAACUGGGAUCUCUCCAAACGAAGGAUUUCCAUGGACAAAAGUAACAAUCCGAGGAGAAAAUCUGGGAACAGGGUCCAUGGAUCUUAUAGGAUUGUCAAUAUGUGGACACAACUGUUUGUUGACUGCCGAAUGGAUGUCUGCUAGUAAAAUAGUCUGUCGAGUUGGGCCAGCAAAAAAUGAUAAGGGAGACAUCAUUGUAACCACCAAAUCGGGUGGCGCAGGAACUUCAACUGUUUCCUUUAGACUGAUGAAGCAAGAGAAAAUAGGUAUCUUGGAUCAGUCAGCUGUUUGGGUUGAAGAAAUGAACUAUUAUGAUAUGCGGACUGAUAGGAAUAAAGGAAUUUCUCCCUUAUCUCUACGUCCAGCAAAUCCUCUUGGGAUAGACAUAGACAAAGGCAAAACAUCUCCUAAGGAUUUGGAAGGAUUAUUUCAGGGUAUGAGUGGAGAUUUUACUAGUGAAAAAUUCUCUGCCACCUGGUAUCUGAUAGAAAAUCACUCCGCUACAAGCUUUGAUCAACUAAAAGUUGCUGCAAAUUUUUUAAGGAAACAGGCAAAUAAGAAGAAUGAGGGAAGCUUAGCCUAUGUGAAAGGAGGCCUCAGUACAUUCUUUGAGGCCCAGGAUGCUCUUUCAGCAAUUCAUCAAAAGUUGGAAGUAGAUGGGACGGAAAAAGUGGAAGGAUCUAUGACGCAGAAACUGGAGAAUGUACUCAACAGAGCAAGUAAUACUGCUGAUACACUAUUCCAAGAAGUUUUGGGGCGCAAAGAUAAAGCAGAUUCCACGAGAAAUGCACUGAAUGUUCUUCAGCGCUUUAAAUUUCUCUUUAAUCUUCCCCUUAAUAUUGAAAGAAACAUUCAAAAGGGCGAUUAUGAUGUGGUUAUAAAUGACUAUGAAAAGGCUAAGUCACUAUUUGGGAAAACUGAAGUUCGCGUGUUCCAAAAAGUUUAUGCUGAAGUAGAGACUCGUAUUGAUGCACUGAGGACCCUCUUGAUGGACAAGUUACUUGAGAUGCCAUCAACUCUGCAUGAUCAGAAAAGAUAUAUAAGAUACCUAUCUGAUCUCCACACACCAGGUGACCCUGCCUGGAAGUGUAUAAUGGCCCAGCAUAAGUGGAUCCUGCAGCUUAUGCAGAGCUGCAGGGAGAAUUAUGUGAAAGGAAAAAAGGGUGCUACUGUUCUCCAUAGCCCAAUGCUAGAUUUAGACAGCGAUGUGCGGCCUUCUCCCAUAAGUCGCUUGAGUCAAACAACGUCAGUGAAAAGGGCCAGCAGUUUUCAAUCUUCUAGGGAUGAUUCUUGGCGUUUUAAGGCACCUCAGCUUGUAACAUAUGUUGACAAUCUAACAGAAAUUGUUAUAAGUCAACUGCCAAAUUUCUGGAAGCUUUGGAUAUCCUAUGUGAAUGGAAGUCUUUUCAGUGAAACAGGAGAAAAAUCAGGACAAUUUGAGAAACUUAAGAAAAAUGCCAGAUCCCGACAAAAUGAUUUCAAGAAAAUGAUUCAAGAGAUAAUAAAUUCACUUGUGAAACUAAUCCGAGGAGCUCUUCUUCCAACCAGCCUCACUGAGAUGGAGCUGAAACAAUAUGGGGGAUGGGAGGCAAAAAUGGAACUUUCAGGCCAGUGGCUAACCCACAUUAUUCAUACUAUGAGGAUUAAUUAUGAAUCUUUGACCGCACUGGAAAUUCCGAAUGAUCUCCUGCAAACAAUUCAAGAGCUAAUCUUGGAUUUGAGAGUGCAUUGUCUUAUGGUUACCUUGCAGCAGACUGCUGAUGAUGUUAAGAGGCUUGCAGAGAAAGAAGACUGGAUUGUUGACAAUGAAGGGAUCACUUCUUUGCCGUCUCAAUUUGAACACCAUGUUGUGCAAACCCUACAAGCUCUCAAGGAAACCAUAGAUUGCAAGGCUGGAGAAACCAGUAUUUUUCAGCAUGAGAAAAACCAGCAACAUGUCUUCGAGCUUUCCAUUAACAUUAUGAAGGUUUUUAUUGAUUCUUUGGAGUACUUGAGUACAAAGGCUGAAGGAGAUCAAGAAAGCAUGCAUCUCGGUAGCCUUCCAUUAGAUAUUUCAUCCCCAGACUUACUUGGAAGCUUGCGUGAAAAUUUCACUCCUACUCCUGAACAAAGACUACUGAUUGUCCUAAGCAACUGUGAGUACCUGGCACAUCACACGUUCAAUAAUUUGGCCGAACACUUUGAGAAGCAUGGUUUCCAAGGAACAGAGAAAAUUGCACAGGUUAGCAUUGAUGCUGUGAAGUAUCUGGAUCAGAGGCUCUUUGAAACCUACAUUGAACUAAAAUCGGAUCCAAUUGUUGGCUCUCUAGAGCCUGGAAUUUAUGCUGGAUAUUUUGACUGGAAGGACUGUCUUGCACCUACAGGUGUCAGAACUUACUUAAAAGAAGCCUUAGUUAAUAUCAUAGCUGUGCAUGCAGAGGUGUUUACGAUUUCGAAGGAACUUGUCCCGAGAGUUCUUUCACAGAUUGUAGAAGCUGUUGCUGAAGAAAUGAGCCGAUUGAUGCAGUGCGUAUCAUCCUUUAGUAAAAAUGGAGCAUUACAGGCCAAACUGGAAAUAUGUGCCCUUAGAGAUGCUGUUGCCUCAUUCCUGACUCCUGACAGCAUUUCUAGCUUUAAACAGGCCCUUGAAGCAUUACCUCAACUUCCCAAUGGAGCAGAUAAGAAGUUACUUGAAGAGCUCCUGAACAAAUUCAAGAGCAGCAUGCACUUACAGCUCACUUGCUUUCGACCUUCCUCACGAAGCAUGGUGAAGACAUAAUGAUGACAAUAUCCAAGGGAAUCAAAUACCUAAUAUGAAACUAAGUAGCAUAGCUUGAGAAUUUUUUGAAAGUUGUACUCUAAGUAUGUGCCUGCUAAGCCUCGAAAUUAUUACUUAAAAAAGCUGAAAAUCAAAGCAUACUGUUGUUUUAUUGAUGUUUGUCAAGCGCAUUUAGCAAAGUAGAAGCUUAUGUUAGUAAUUUAACUUGGUAGCACCUGGUGCUCUAACCCUAUUUGUAAAAUCUUUAAAUACAUUUCAAGUUGCAUGUCAUAUUUCAUAAGGAAAAAGACAUUAAAAAAGGAUUAAGCACUUUAAACUCAGUUUUUCAUGUAAACAUUAUUCUUCAGAAAUGUUAAGUGAUGUAUCUAAGUGCACAGUUUUUGUGCAUUUCCUUCCCAGCAUUCAAUUAAGAAGCAAGAAUUAAGAACACCAUGACAUUUCUUGCAAAAUACAUAAUUGCAGUGUAUUUACCACUAACUUGUGAAAGUUUGAGGAUAUGUGCCAGAAGGGCAUGUUCCAAAUCUGGAAUUAUUAAUUGUUAUUUAUGUAUUGCAAGUAAAUAAAUACAGUACAGCAACUUAAUUCUAUUUCAAAGCUUGGGACAUAUAUUUUUUUAAUUCCUGAAAUUGCAACAGCAGUGAAACAAAGUCAGACAUCAUCCAGCAGCAUUAUAAUUUUAAGCCUGUAAUUUAUUACAGUCAGGGCCCUAUAAGAAGUGAUAUGAUCAAAGUCUCAUCCCUGAUCAAGCAUUAAAUGGAAAUAUUUCAUAGUGAUAACAGAUUUAAUGCUGCAAUUUUGUUUAAUUUGGUCUUUAAAAUUAUAAUGGGCCUUCAAAGCAAUGUAAGGAAAAGCUGUUCCUACUUAGCUUUGACUUCAGUUGCUGAAGAAUUUGCUAGAGAAAUGCCACAAAAAAUUGUGCCAGAACAUGUCCUGCUCCACCAUAGACAAAGAUAAAAACAAAUCUAAUAAUGCCAUUACUUUAAAAAGCUAGGUAAAGAUUUUGAAAAGAAAGGAAGUAAAAUGAUUAAAAAGACAAAAGAGAAAGUUUGGGGAACAAAUUAAAAUGGAUAAUGUUCAGUCUGCGACCCGAUAUCAAUACAGGGGACAGAUUUGCUCUCUGUGCUGUAUAUUGUAUAAAUUUUGGAAACAGAAUCAUAACCUAACUAACAGUUAAUGUGUGGAAUAAAAGUAGUCAUGGAAAAUUUUCCAGCCAUUAAUGUUUCCAUAAGACAUAGGAGCAGAAUUAGACCAUUUGGUCCAUUGAGUCUGCCCCAUAAGCAAUGCUUCAUCAAUGUGCAGUUUAUAUUGAAAGCCAUCAAUUUUAUUGACAAAGACUGUUAUGGAAUUAGUUUGUGCUGCUAACAUUAGAUUAAAGUAUGUGGUGGUAUCAUUCACAA